AUGUCUCAGCCAGAAACUGGCGCCAACGCCUCCUCCUGGGUCGCUGCUUCCCGGCGGGAUGAGGCACUGCUUCGGGCUCCGAAUACGAGGCCAGCGGAGGAGCUGAGCCAAGGCGCUGGAAGAGGUCAGAGGGCCUGCGCGGGUGGAGGCCGGAGGGGCUCCUUCGGCCUCCAGCAGCCUGAGGGCACGGGUAUUCGAGAACCGCCGCUCUCCUUCAAGCUGAAGAAUGACUGCGUGGGCGCCGUGAUCGGUCGUGGUGGGUCAAACAUAAAAGAGAUCCAGAGCUCAACAUACACGAAAAUACAGAUAAUAAGAGGGUAUCCUGAAGCAGAAGUAAGAAUCUUGGGCACCAAGGCAAUGCAGAGCAAAGCAAAAACAGUGAUAGAUGAUCUUGUUAAAAAACAAGAAUGCAACACAGAACCCAAACUUGAUGUUGCUGCUGUCCAACUUUCGGAUGGAAAAGAUACAAUAAAGGAUGUUUCAGGAGAGCAGAAAUUAAUUGAUUGGGAUAAAUUCCGAGAAAACAUUUUGAAAUGGAAUGAGAAAAAGUGGGCAGAUUUGCCUCCAGUUAAGAAAAACUUUUACAUAGAGUCAGAAAAAACAAGUUCAAUGUCACAAGAACAAGUAGACAAUUGGAGGAAGGAAAAUUAUAAUAUAACUUGUGAUGAUUUGAAAGAUGGUGAGAAACGUCCUCUUCCUAACCCUACUUGUAAUUUUGAGGAUGCAUUUCACUGUUACCCUGAAGUUAUGAGAAAUCUUCAAAAGGCAGGUUUUCAAAAGCCAACACCAAUUCAGUCACAGGCAUGGCCAAUCAUCCUACAAGGAAUAGAUCUGAUAGGAGUAGCCCAGACUGGAACAGGGAAGACAUUGUCCUACUUAAUGCCUGGAUUUAUUCAUAUUGACUCCCAACCUGUGAAUGGGCCUGGCAUGUUAGUCCUCACCCCAACUCGUGAGUUGGCUCUGCAGGUGGAUGCUGAGUGCUCUGAAUACUCAUACAGAGGUCUUAAAAGUGUUUGUAUAUAUGGUGGUGGCAAUAGAGAUGGACAAAUAAAAGAUCUAUUGAAAGGUGUAGAUAUUAUCAUCGCCACUCCUGGAAGACUCCACGACCUACAGAUGAAUAACUUGGUGCACCUGAAAAGCAUCACCUACCUGGUAUUAGAUGAAGCUGACAAAAUGCUGGAUAUGGGAUUUGAACCCCAGAUAAUGAAGAUUUUAUUAGAUGUACGCCCAGACAGGCAGACAGUUAUGACAAGCGCAACAUGGCCAUAUGCUGUCCGUAGACUUGCACAAUCUUACUUGAAAGAGCCCAUGAUUGUGUAUGUUGGUACUUUGGAUCUAGUCGCUGUAAGUACCGUGACACAAAAUAUAAUUGUCACCACAGAAGAUGAGAAAAGAUCACAUAUCCAAGCUUUCAUCGAGAGCAUGUCUCCCAAGGACAAAGUCAUAAUAUUUGUCAGCCGGAAAGCUGUGGCUGAUCAUUUAUCAAGUGACCUGGGUAUCCGGCGUAUAUCAGUAGAGUCUCUGCAUGGCAAUAGAGAACAGAGUGAUAGAGAGAGAGCAUUAAAAAGCUUUAAAACAGGUAAAGUGCGAAUACUGAUCGCUACUGAUUUAGCAUCUCGUGGUCUUGAUGUCCAUGAUGUAACGCAUGUCUAUAAUUAUGAUUUUCCCCGAAACAUCGAAGAAUAUGUCCACAGAGUGGGACGUACCGGGAGAGCAGGGAGGACCGGGGUAUCUAUUACCCUUAUCACUAGAAAUGAUUGGAAGAUCGCUGGUGAAUUAAUUAAUAUUCUGGAAAGAGCAAAUCAGAGUGUCCCAGAGGAUCUUGUCUCAAUGGCUGAGAGAUACAAAGCAAAUAAACUGAAAAAAGAAACAGAAAACAAAUGGGGAAAACCCAGGAAGUUUUAUCGUUAA